AUGAAAGAUAUUAUUUCUAUGAAUAAGAGUUAUAACAAAAUGGAUAAUAGCCAAAGAUCGUUAAUUAGGAUCGAAGUGGAGGAAGAAAUAGACGGUGAACGUGAAGAAUGUGCUGCUUCCCUAAUGGCGUUACUGCAGGAUCACAGAAAUAGCACUAGACCCCGAGUUGGUAAUACGCAAGAAGAUCUAUCAAAGCUACUAUAUUAUUCAAACACACAGCAAUCGUUGCUAGAAGCCAUCACGGAGCUUCAUGUAUUAACAGACGAAAUUUUUAGUGUACAAAAUUCGCCACAAGAGGUUAUACAGACAUCUUUACCAAAGAUGAUGGCUGAUCUCAUGCAAAGUAGGGAACGGGCUAAACGAUUAUAUAAAUUAGUAUUGGACUCCAAAUUUAAUGAUCCGGAAUGGGAAGUUGAUGAUAUUUUUGAAAACUUGGAAGGCGAAUUGAACAGAACCAGUACCUUAUUAUCCCUAAAUCCAGGCAGAGGAAAUUAUCAUAAAUGA